AUGGCCUUGCCCUUCUCUUCACUGCUGGCCCUGCUGGUGCUCAGCUCCAAGUCCCUCUGCUCUCUGGGCUGUGAUCCGCCUCAGACCCACAGCCUCAGGGACGGGAGGUCCUCCAUGCUUCUGAGGCAAAUGAGGAGAGUCUCCCCUCUUUCCUGCUUGCAGGACAGACAUGACUUUGAGUUCCCCCUGGAGGUGUUGGAGGGACACCAGGCCCAGAGGGCACAGGCCAUCUCUGUGCUCCAUGAGAUGACCCAGCAGCUCCUCAACCUGUUCAGCACCAAGCAGGCAUCUGCUGCCUGGGACGAGGCCCUCCGGGACAGACUCUGCACUGGACUCUUCGAGCAGCAGAGAGACCUGGAGGUCUGCAUGAUGCAGGGAGUGGGGGCGGAGGAGAUGCCCCUGAAGCAUGAGGACUCCGCACAGGCUGUGAGGAAAUACUUCCAAGGGAUUGCUGUCUAUCUGGAAGAGAAGAAAUACAGCCCUUGUGCCUGGGAGGUUGUCAGAGCGGAAGCCAGGAGAGCCGUCUCUUUAUCCAGAAUCUUGCAAGAAAGAAUUUGGAGCAAGGAAUGA